AAAUACCGAAAGCGCUAAAAUACCGCGUAAAUUUAGUUGUUUAUGUACAUAUGCUUGCCUUGGUUGAAAACUUUGGUAUAAUAUGGAAGUAGACGGAGACAUGGAAACGGACGAAACAAUUCACACCAGGCAGUCCUGUGAACGAGAAAACCUUUCAAAGAGGUUUACUGUAAUUAACGAACCCUAUGAACGGCAAUAUGCACAUAUAUACUUUGUAAGAAGUGAAAUUAUGCGACCCAAAGUGAUUCAAGCUGCUCAGCGCAAAUGGGGUGACGGCGUAAAGAUAAAUAAGCUUUCUGAGAUAGAAGAAGGAGAGAAAUGCUGCAUUGUUGGAACUCUGUUCAAGCAGAUGGAGUUACAACCAAGUAUUUUAAAAGAAAUCAGUGAAGAAGUUCAUGUACAGAUACAACCAGAGAGAAAACGUUUCAUCAGUGAUGACGACAAGUUAAUUUUGGAAGAUACCAUGCAAAGAAUCUCACUCACUGGGAACAUAUCUGCUGGAGACUGUUUUACAGGUACUGUAGUUGCCCUGCUCGGUAAAGAAACCAAGUCUGGACAUUUUAAUGUGGAAGAUUUUACAUAUGCUGGAUUACCUUCCCAAAUACCAGCGCCAGAUUUGGUGGGAAAUGAUAAUUAUGUGCUGUUUGUGUCGGGAUUGGGUAUAGGUGGAAAGAAAGAAAAAACAUUACAAAUACAGAUGCUUAUUGAUUAUAUUCUUGGGAUGCUUGGAGGCUCAGAAGAUCAUGAAGUGUCAUCCAAAAUUGUGCAUGUUAUUGUUGCCGGGAAUUCUUUGGCUGGGGAGACCUUGGAUAAAGAAGCACAGACGAAAGCCAGGUAUCUCACAUACAAGUCCGAGGCCUCCACUGUUCAAGCUAUAAGCGAUUUGGACUUUUUUCUAUCCCAAUUAGUGCCUUUUGUAAGUGUAGAUUUAAUGGGUGGAGAAUUUGACCCAACGAAUCAUGUCCUGCCACAAAAACCAAUGCAUCCUUGCAUGUUUCCAAGCUCUCGUCGUUUCUAUGACAACACUUUUCACACAGUAAGCAACCCCUAUGAAUGCAAAAUCAACGGUGUCUAUAUUUUGGGCACAUCUGGUCAAAAUCUUGAUAAUCUGAAGUCUUACAGCAACGUAGAUGAUGAUAUAAAACUAUUGUCUUCAAUGAUUGAGUGUCAACAUGUUGCCCCAACAGCCCCGGACACUUUAGGUUGUUUUCCAUUUUACAAAUCUGACCCCUUUAUAAUUGAGCAAUGUCCGCAUGUAUUUUUCAGUGGAAAUCAAUCAAAAUAUUUCUCCUCUGUUAAAAAGGGGGCAGAAGGACAAAAGGUACUGCUUUUAGCUGUGCCUGCUUUUACACAAACAUGUUCUGCAGUUUUAGUAAACUUGAAAGACCUAACAGCUGAGGAAAUCAAUUUUGAAGCAGAUUGGAGCCAAUCAAAUUCUUCAGUGGGUGAAAUAUCACCGGAAAAAUGAAAAUAAAAAAAGAGAUAUUAUAUGUAAACGUUAAAAAAUAUUUAAUGUAUUACAGUAUACUUUUUUCAUGUUGUUUUCCUACUCUAUAUCUAACUCAAAAUUUUCACCAAAAUUACACUAAAACACAUAGUUUGUGUUCAUAUUUUCUGAUACUUUGCUAUAUAAAUGUGAAUUAAAUCACACUACAUUCGUAAAUAUCAAAAUAAUGUUUCCACUGCAUUUUCA